UUUGUUGCUGUAACAUUGCUAAUAAUCAUGACCAGUCUAAAUAGAAAUGCAAAAACGAUGUAUUUCCGGAUGAUCAUUGUAGCAAGUUUUGCUCUACAAAUCAAAGGUAAUUUAUUACAAAUAUCAGUUGACCCAGAGAGUCAACGUCUGAUCGACACUUUAGGACGAGAAGUUUUAAUUCAUGGAACAAAUAUUGUGAUAAAGCACUUUCCGUGGCAUCCAAAUCCAGAAGGUUUUGGAAACGAUAUUUUUUCAGAACAAGACAUGGCUCUUAUUAAAUCUCUUGGGUUAAAUGGUGUACGGUUAGGUAUGAUGUGGCAAGGUUUGAUGGCUGAAAGAGGAAAGUUUAACGAAACAUACCUUAAAAUAAUGGAGGGUUUUGUUCAAAAAGCUGCAAAGUAUGGCAUUUAUAUUUUACUAGACAUGCAUCAAAACGUUAUGUCUUCUCGCUUCUGCGGUGAAGGAUUUCCAAAUUGGGCCAUUGAUCCCGAUAUUGCAAAGAAUUUUCCAUAUCCAUUACACAAGCCAUAUAAACUAGAUCCUUCUACAAACCUACCAACACCAGAAGAUUGUGCUCGUUUCUCGUCAUCAACAUACUAUCUUGCAAAAGCUGUAGGCAAGUCAUUUCAAAACCUUUAUAUGAACGUUGACGGAUUAAGAGAUGAGUGGGCAAAAUUUUGGGUGAAAACUGCACAAACGUUCAAAUUUUAUACCAAUGUGUUGGGAUAUGAAUUGAUAAACGAACCAUGGCCGGGUGAUAUUUACAAAAAUCCUUUCUUGUUAGAACCAACAGUGGCCGACAAACAAUACUUGUCUCCAGUUUACGAUAACCUAGCGAAGGCAAUACGAACGGUCGACAAAGAUCAUUGCAUAUUUUUCGAACCAGUCACUUGGGCGAAUUUCGGUGCAGGUUUUGACCACGUCCCGGGGGGUGAAAAUUAUCAAAAUAAAAGUGUUUUAAGUUAUCAUUUCUACGUUCCCCCGAAUUUUGAUGUUGAUUUAGACUUCAUGGAAAGAAUGAAGGAUAUUGAGAAACUAAAAUGUGGUGGAAUGUUGACUGAGUUUGCCACACAACCUAAAGGAUGCCCAAAUUUAAUGUUUAAAAUAAUGAAUCGUGCAGACUACACAUUUCAAUCUUGGCUCGGUUGGGAAUAUUACAGUUCAAAACGCAGUACACCACUAAGUUCUACUGCACGCAUCUACAAUACAAGUCGUACUUAUCCUCAGGCUGUUGCUGGUCAUGUUAUAGAUCUUUCUUUUAACCAUCAAAAUAAUCACUUUCAUGUUCUUUAUCAAAUCACUGACACAUGUCUCAGUAAAACAACUAUUAUUUAUCUCAACGAAAAAUUACAUUAUCCACAUGGAUAUGACGUCACUAUACAAUCUACAGGAUUAGUCAUGUGGUUUUCUAAGGUUUCCAACUAUAUUGAAGUGGAACACAGUUACGAGUUGAUACCUGGAGAUAAUGUUCUGGUACAAAUAAAACCAAAAAUUAAAGAACAUGACAGAAAUGUUUAAAGAGCCUAUGAAAGAAACAAAAAUUUUGCUAUUUAAAUAAAAGUUUCAUUGAACAAAUCUUUUAAAAGGAAAAUGCACUUCCUAAAACAGUUUGUCCAUAUCUCUUUUUAUACUCAAGACAUCGAGGUUUUUUGUAAUGUUCAAUGACGUCACAAUGCAUAGCAAACAUUGAAAUUUAGAUAUAUAUUUGUUGAUGUUACUUCAACCUUCGAGUUUUUUUAUCAUUGUGAUAUCAUAUAUGUUCAUCGCGUCUUAGUUGAGUAAAUCGCUCCUCCUAACUAAAACUUUAAAUAUUGAGAAUGAAAAGAGAUGUACUUCAACUGCUUUAGACAUCUUGUUGUUAUCUGAAAAGCUCUUUUUCGAUGAAAACAUAAUUUAGACGGUAAUAUUUUCAUUUCACAGGAAUUUUAAUCGUAAUGAGUUAAUAUAUAACACUUGUGAAAAGUUUGUCACUAAACGAUAUUUAUGAAAGAUGACGUUUUGUCUUGAUUGUAUAUUUCAUGAAGUAAGUUUAUAAAAAAGAAUUAAAUUAAAAUGGUUAAAUAUAGUGUGAAA